AUGUCGACGAUGCGAAUCCCACCUCCCAACGAGGACGUUCCCGCUGUACGCAACAAGCGCCUCUCCACGACGAGUCUUGCACUCGUCGACCAGGUACUUAAGACCAGCGGUUUGAGCUCAACUCCAUCUUCGCUCCCUCACCCUUCUCUCCACAUUCCCUCUUACCCUUUAUCCUUUUCCUCAGUAGCCCAAUCUCUACCACCAACACGCCGACAAACCCGUACGACAUUCAAGAUGAAGUUCGCUUUCGCUGCUCUUGUCGUUGCCGCCGCUGCGCUGCUCCCCGCUGCGGAGGCCAUGGACAUCUCGUUCUCGGCUGACAAGUUUGCCCGUCGCGCCGACACCGAGGCCACCGAUGCCAAGGAUGCCAAGGCUGCUCCGGCUCCUGUCGCUGCUGCUCCCAAGCAGAGGGUGCCCGAGUUCGGCAUCGACCUCGUAAACAUCUACACCAAGCACCACGGCCGGGGCAUGCCCGUGCCUCACGACGUUGCCUACACCUACAACGAUUGCAUUUGGAAGCAGUGCAAGGAGGACGGCAAGUGGGCUUGGCUCGACCAGAACGACGUUCAGUGCUACCUCAGCCCCUCGUACAAGUUCCACGCCUACUCGGCUGCCAAGAACUUCGACCCCCAGCCCAGCAUCGACCAUGGUGCCUGUGCCGACACUGCCAACCCGGUCGACUUCCCCUCGGGCAUUCCCGAGUACACCAUCAGCGUUCCCUACCUCUACUUCAACAACCUCUUUGACCGCCGCUGCAAGGUUCGCGCGCUCGUCAACGUGCCCGAGAACGGCGACGAGCCCCAGCACUGGGUUUCCGCCUGGGUCAUCGAGCACAACGGCGGCAACUGGAACACCACCGGCGACACUGGCGCCAACGGCCCCCAGUCGGGUAUCCUCCUCGACACCGAGCUCUACAAGAAGUUCGUCCCCAAGGGUGAGGCCCUUCCCCCCGUCCUGUCCAAGAAGGUCGAGUGGUUCUUCACCGACAUCAACACCCACAUGUAA